UCUGCUUCUUAUCCUGCACCCUCGUUCGUUCACAGUGAAGGUAUACCGAGCCCUUCAAAAUGAAGUCGUUUACUCUCACUAUCGUUUCAGUCUUGGCACUCUUUUGUACUACCAAUGCAGACUUCCCGGGUAUUGAUCGACAAGAUAUGAUUGAGGAGAUGGAACACUACCUCGUCGAUAACGCAGGCACCAACUCGGUACCAAUUGUCAGCGCUGUCUCGUCUUGCAGUAAUUAUGCUGGUUUCGCUUCGGAUCCGCAGAAUCGAGGAGAGCAGACUUCAGCCCAAUGGGUUCGAUUUCCUUUCCAUGACUUCGUGACUGCUGAUGUAGCGGCCGGUACUGGAGGACUUGAUGCAUCUUUAGGUUUUGAGAGCGAUCGUGCCGAGAAUCAUGGCCUUUUCGUAAACGACACUAUGGAGUUCUUAGCACCUACCAUGAAUGCAUAUAUUAGUAUGGCCGAUCAAGUUUCACUGGGCGUCUUGGUGUCUGUUGCCGAGUGUGGAGGAAAUGCUGCUGCAAUUCCCUUGCGUGUUGGGAGAAUUGACGCUCUCGCUGCCGGCCCUUCAGGCGUACCAACUCCAUUCACGCCUAUUGGACCUACUCUCGCACAGUUUGCACAAGCUGGUUUCGCUGCGAAUGAAACGAUUGCUCUAGUUGCUUGUGGACAUUCAUUGGGACGUGUGCACGCUGUCAACUUUCCAGAAAUUGUUGGAGAGAGCCCAAUUACUUCAACAAAUCUUGAUGGAGGAGUGACUUUCGACAGCACUCCAACUGUGCUGGACCCCAGUGGUAUGAACGAGUACCUCACAGGAACUGGAAGUGGAGGUGGACCACUUGUUACCACCUCCAACGUGUCAGCUCGCUCAGACUUUCGUCUCUUCUCAUCAGAUAACAACGUAACCAUCACCAACCUCGCCCAAAACACUGGAAGAAUCUGCAGCGGUCUCUUCGAAAAGAUGCUCAAUACUGUUCCCAGCACAGUCACUCUCUCAGAUCCAAUCACUCCUAUGCCUUGGAAAAUUGUCGACUUCAUAAUGCAUUGUUCUCCCGGCGGCAGCGUUCGAAUUGAGGGCUUCAUCCGAGCACUCUGGACCACCACCCCUCCUCCAAACAAAAUAACCUACAACACCGUCACGAGCUCCGGAAACGUCUCAAGACAACACGCUUCUGACGCCGCGUCCGGCUCCGGAUCAGGACUUUUCGGUAGUACCACUUACUACCACUUUGUCAUCGGUACCGACUCACCUGGCACCACGUCGAUGAAUUUCCAGGGGUAUUCGUACCCUAUCGAUGAUACGAUCUUCGUGCUUCCUACCCAGUCUACGGUGAAGCCAGAUGCAAACACCAUCGAGGUCAAGGCCGCGGUCUUGACUUCUUCACUUGCUGGUGGCACCAUGGAGGGCACUUUGUAUGUACCAGAGACUCAGCAGGGAAGCAUGGCGAAGAAGAUUACUAUGGUCACUGUUCCCAUGAAAUUUCUGAGCACGAAUGGUAACUACACUUUGUUUGAUGGUUUGGUGUCGGUAUCGAAUGUGGAGGGUGUGAUCGCCAAAGUGGCAGUUGGGAGUCUGGGGAGUAAGACGGUGAAGACUAAGUUGUUUAAUGGUGGUAUCUAAGCUAUUCAUAAUCAUGGGCGUUGAGGGGUUUUCGCUAGAUAUCAACUCACGGUUGACAAUUGUAGCAUCCUUAUAUUUAAUGAAUAAUCGUAUUAAAUCUAAAGA